GUCUGUAAACCCACAUUGUCAUGUGAUCAACAAAAUGGCGGACGUUACGUUAUAUGUAAACAAGUCGUCUAGUCACAGCGUCCCAUAUUUUCCAAUUAAAAUCUAGAACAUUUCAUCAUUUGUAGGUUUCGAAAUCACUCAGACUUGGAAUUAUGAUGAGAUACAACAGGAUACAGAAAUGUUAAGUGUACAAGAAAGAUCCCGCUGGAUAAAGUGGAUACCCUCCUCUAUGGCUCAGCUUGCGCAAAUUGAAUCUCGCAUUUUAAAUUGUAUCAAAUGCAGUUUGGAGAAGAGAUUUGUUGUUCUACCUCAAAGUCAGCAUCGUAUAUGGACAAUUGUAGCAAAUAAAGACAAGCCCCAAACCCCCUUGGUCAUGAUUCAUGGCAUGGGAGGUGGGGUAGGACUAUGGGUGCAAAGCAUAGACUUGCUGGCAGAGAAACGACCAGUGUACGCUUUUGACCUUCUGGGAUUUGGACGCAGCUCAAGGCCAAAGUUCAGCUCUAGUGCCAAACUGGCUGAAAUGGAGUUUGUGGAAUCUAUUGAAGAGUGGCGUCAGGAGAUGAAAAUUGAGAAAAUGGCCCUGCUGGGACACUCUCUUGGUGCUUAUUUAGCCAGUGCUUAUUCUUUGAAAUACCCUGAAAAAAUAGAACACUUAUUUCUAAUUGAUCCAUGGGGAUUUCCAGGUAAGCCAAGUGGCGAAAAUGAACGAUCCCGAAGAAUACCAACCUGGGUUAAAGCAAUUGGUAGAAUUUUAUCUCCCUUCAACCCGCUUGCUUUAGUACGAGCUGCCGGACCUUGGGGCCCAGGCUUGAUAACAAGAUUUCGCCCAGACUUGAGGGAAAAAUUUGUCAGUGUGUUUGAUGAUAACACAAUUCUGGACUACAUAUACCACUGUAAUGCACAAACACCCAGCGGUGAGGCUGCAUUUCGAACACUCUCACAUCCUCUGGGUUACGCUAAACGUCCAAUGAUGCACCGUGUGGCGGAGAUUGACAGAGAAUUACCCAUCACCUUCAUCUAUGGGUCUAAAACAUGGAUGGAUCGCACUUGCGGGGCGGAAACAGUGUAUCUACGAAAUGGAAGUCACGUAGAUGUUGAGACGAUACCGGGUGCCGGUCAUCAUGUGUAUGCAGACAGACCAGAAAGCUUCAACAAAAUAAUGAACCAGUACCUGGACAAAAUGGAUGUACAUUCGGACAACGAGAGGAAAAAGAAAGUGGCGUUACUUCAGGUGAAGUCAGAAGCAGAUCUGGAAGAAUACCCUUUUACACAAGUGUGACAGUUUUGAAAUAUGUAAACAUUGCCAAGUUGGCCCCAGAUACAGAUACAGAUCCUGUUGUAGUUGACAACUAACCAACCAAAACUAGAAAGAAAUGCAUUAACAUGUGUAAACUGAUAAUAAUUUGCUACUAAGGAUUCUUAAUGUUUUUAUAACAUGAUGCUUCUGGUAAAUCAUAAUUAUAUUCCAUUAACACAAAAAACUUAUGAAGAUAAACAUAAAUAAAUCACAUAAAUAUAUAUAUAUAUUUCAGUUUCCAGUAAAAUAAACUUCAUUUCCUGACAUUAAAACAGGUGCCAUAUUAGCACACAUUGAGUUAUUACAUUGGAACGGGGCGUACCGUUUCAAACUAUCUUAGAAGCAGAUUGAAAUAUUUGUAAUAUUAAGAAUCAGGGAAGAUAUCCCCGGUUACGUCCAAUUCAGAUCCAGAGAAUUUAAUAACUCAAGUUUGUUAUGUUCAAUCUCAGAACUGUCAAACAACAAUUUCGGCAUAUUAUUUGAAAUCGGUUUUAAAUAACAAUGGAUUUCAAAUGAAGGAAAAUAAUCAUUUUUCUGUGUUGUUGUGAUGAUAUUUUGGAAGAAUUCCAAGGAAGCACAGGCGCCAUGGAAGCCUUAUUGCAAUGCAUACUCACUCACACAUGAUUGUAAGAAAUGAAAGAACUUCAGAAAUAUUCUUAGAAAAUUUUCAAAUAAGUUAAACAAAUUAUCUUCAUUAUUACAGAUAAUAAUCAAAUAUUGAAACAAAACCAAACCUUUUUUUAAUGUCGCUUCAGAUGUAACCUUCAUAUUUGGUAUGCAUGUGUAUAUGGACAAGGCCUUUCCAAACUUGCACAAAUUUUGACCCCUUUGACCUUGAACUUAGGGUCCGCGUUUAGGUUUCGAAACCGCAUUUAGGUUUCGAAAAAGUGUUUUUCACGCGCAUAUGUCAUCCUAUGGUGACAGCUCUUGUUUAAAUAAAUAAUAAUCAUAAUCUGGACAAUGCAUAUGUUAAAAGUAAUCUUGUUUUGCCAAAAUGAUUAAUUAAAUUAAUUAUUUAUGACUACUGAGUAUUGUUGUAUGCAUGCCUAUGACACUAGUGAGUAUUGUUGUAUGCAUGCCUAUGACACUAGUGAGUAUUGUUGUAUGCAUUCCUAUGACACUAGUGAGUAUUGUUGUAUGCAUGCCUAUGACACUAGUGAGUAUUGUUGUAUGCAUGCCUAUGACACUAGUGAGUAUUGUUGUAUGCAUGCUUAUAACACAAGUGAGUAUUGUUAUUGAAAUUGUUCUUACUUUGUACAGAUCAUUACACACAAAAUAAACGCAUUACUAUCUGCA